AUGGGCGCCUAUUACUGCAUCGCUAUAGUGAGCAGUUACAGGGGCGAGACCCUGGAACUACUCCACGUACAGCGCACUGACAUGGGCGCCUAUUACUGCAUCGCUAGUAACGGAGUCCCGCCCACUGUCAGCCGCCGGUACCACGUCGAAGUCCAUUCUCUCGUAGGCGAUAAAAUAAUGGAGAACCCGAAGCUGCGCACAGACGAGACCAUAGUGAAUGAUUACUCGCGGUGGAUGAACCUCACUAUAAAGUCGCUGUCGCUGGGCGACUAUGGAACAUGA